AUGGCGACUGGCAGUAUUUAUGCAGGAUAUCCAAAUAUGGCGGCUGGCGGUUAUGGAAUGACUAUGCCACAACAAGCGAUGCCAUGCUGCGAAGGAUACGGGGAAAUGGCUCCUCCACGGCGCGUAAGCAAUGCUCGUCGAUUCCUACAAGGUGCAACAGAAGGUAUUCUCAUGGGAAGUCUCGGAAUGCUCGGCGGUUUUAGGCGUUGA